UUUACAAAUAUUACACUUGGUAAAAUUUAUAAGUAUUUUGUUCACCUAAAUUUAAAAAGCGAUAGAAACAAAAGGAAUGAUAGAUAAAAUCGUUAAAAAACGGAGAACAAUUAAUUAUUAUAAUACAUUCAUAAAUGAAACUGAGGUACGACUCAAGAGAGCAUUAAGAUUGUCUUAGUAGCAACCAGUCAGCACCACAUUAUUAUCUAUCACAGAGAUGACCAUCACAGGAGCGAAAGGUGACGCGGGCCUCGCUUCAGGUACGCCAACAGAGAUUGUGUUGACAAAAGUUGUUUACAAACAUCAUUAGAGUAUUGGACAAUCGCACGAUAACGUCAGGAGCAUCAAUGAGGGCAUCAGCGCCGCCUGGCAUUGUUCUCACGCGGGGCUGGGGCGUCAGUCGCCGCAGUCGAGCGGGCCGGGCACCAGCCCUCGCCUCGCCACGGUCCACAAUGGCCACCCGUAUCGCCAGGUUAUCGCGAACAUGCGACACCCUAAUGUCAACACUCAACAACUAGUCUUGUGUUUUCUAGACCUUCGGCUUCCUGAGUUCAUAGUUUCUUAUCAUUUGACCCGCGGUCGAGCAAAACAGAUAACCGAUUUAAUAAAUAGGAGCAUAUUUGCGGAAGGAUCAUACAGUGUCUUCAUGUCCAGUGAGCCCGAGUCCAGUCAACGGACACUUAUUUACUAGUUCAUAUUUCUAGAGCGGCAGCGAGCCCGCGCGGCGCGGCCAGGGCGACGAGGAGCGGCUGUACCGCAGCCGGGGACCCAGGUACGCGCGCGUGCCGUCGCGGCCCACGCUCUCCGCCUCCACCACCUGCACCUCGCUGGCCACGUCCUGCGGCUCGCAGGGCACGCUCGCGCCGCCCAGCUACGCCGUCAUCCACGAGCACACCACCGAGAGCAGCAGCGAGGACGAGCAGGAGACCUUCGAGAAGACGCGCCGCCACUUCCAGCAGCUGCGCCAGAUUAGCCUCGGCAACGAGUUCAAGUACAAGAUGGAGAUGGAGAUCAAGAGCGCCAAGGAGGAGAACCUCCGCAACUCGGUGCCCUUCGUGAAGCAGCUCAGUACGGACAGCGCGAAGGUCAAGUCGGAAUACAGCAUCAACGGCGAUGCCUCGCCCUACGCGCCGACCACACAAAAACCGAUAAAGCAGAAGAUUUAUCUUUUGACUCAGUUGCUCUCCGCAUUCGCCGUGUCGAUGGGGUCCCUGAUCGUGGGGUUCUCCUCGGGCUACACGUCGCCCGCGCUCAGCAGUAUGAACGAAACACUGGCCUACACCGCUGAAGAGGAAAGCUGGAUUGGUGGUCUGAUGCCUUUGGCGGCUCUGGUCGGAGGUUGCGUUGGAGGACCAUUGAUAGAAUACUUCGGUCGGCGGAUGACAACCAUGGGAACCGCCAUUCCAUUCUUCCUUGGUUGGAUGCUGAUCGCCAAUGCCAAAGACAUAUUCAUGGUGUACGCUGGGCGCGCUCUCUGCGGUAUCUGUGUGGGUAUCGGCUCACUCGCCUUCCCGGUUUACCUCGGCGAGACCCUCCAGCCUGAAGUGCGAGGAUCUCUGGGACUACUGCCGACAGCUUUUGGUAACACUGGAAUUCUCCUUGCAUUUAUGGUUGGCGCAUACUUGGACUGGUCACAAUUAGCUUUCGUAGGAGCCAUCCUACCUAUACCUUUCUUUUUGUUGAUGUUGCUCACCCCGGAAACACCAAGAUGGUAUGUGACUAAGGGCCGCGUGGAAGACGCACGGAAAUCUCUUCAGUGGCUGCGUGGAAGUAACACGAACAUCGAGAAGGAAAUGCGAGACCUGACGCGCACCCAAGCUGAGGCAGACCGCACCGGUGGCUCUGCGUUUGGAAAACUCUUCUCAAAGAAAUAUAUGCCAGCUGUCCUUAUUUCACUUGGAUUGAUGUUGUUCCAACAAUUGAGUGGCAUAAACGCAGUCAUCUUCUACGCGUCACGCAUUUUCGAAAUGGCCGGCAGCUCCAUUGACGGAAACCUUGCUACCAUCAUUAUUGGAAUCGUCAACUUCAUUUCUACAUUCAUCGCCACUGCCAUCAUUGACCGAUGUGGGAGGAAAAUGCUGUUGUACAUUUCUUCGGUAUCGAUGAUCAUCACUCUUGUGACACUGGGUGCGUACUUCUACGUGAGGGACCACGGCGUGGACGUGGCGGAGUACCGCUGGGUGCCGCUGGCGAGCCUCGUCAUCUACGUGCUCGGCUUCUCCGUCGGCUUCGGCCCCAUCCCGUGGCUCAUGCUGGGGGAGAUCCUUCCGUCCAGAAUUCGUGGUACAGCAGCGUCCAUCGCUACGGGAUUCAACUGGUCCUGCACUUUUAUCGUAACGAAGACAUUCCAGAACAUCAUAGCUGCUAUCCAGAUGCACGGAACCAUGUGGUUGUUCAGUGUAAUUUGCCUGAUCGGCCUAUUCUUCGUUAUAUUCUUCGUCCCCGAAACUCGCGGAAAGAGUCUUGAGGAAAUUGAGAAAAAGCUAACGGGAGGAUCAAGAAGAGUACGAAACAUCAGCAAUACUAAGCAGAUGCAGAAUGGCUGCUAAUAGACGUGAUAAGUCAUACUUUAGUAAAUAGAUACAUUCCAAUGUGCAGAGGCUGUGUGUGUCGUGAUGUUAGGUGAAUCUCACGGAUAAGUGCAAUAGGACGCCUUCUCAAGCUGAAAGGCGUUCUAAAGAGACUGAUUUGGACUGUUCUCCAGAUGUAAAUAGUAUAUUAGAAAGAUUAGGUAAUUUAUUGCAAAUAUAGUUCCUUUAGAUGUACGUUAUUUGAUCUGAUGGCGAAUAACUUAUGUUUACGUUUUUAUCAUGACAAACUUAUUUUUACUACCAAAUGUGUAAUAUUAAGUGAUUUUAUUAAAUAAUGAUUUGGUACAACUAAUUCAAUAUAGAAAAUUUUAGUGUCUUCGUAUAUUACGGAGAGAAUAUUUAUUUUGUUAACCUUUGUAUAAUUAAAAUCAUAUUCAACCUAA